AUGUGGUCGUGGGGCUCACAGCCGCAGCCCGCCAGGGUGGCCGAUGACGAAAAUGAGGAGCACCAGACUGAGGCCGGCCGCUUCAAAACUUUUCUCAGCAUUUUGAGGAAGUUCAUCGGUGUGUCGGACCUUGCUUCAGUUCGCUUUUCGCUUCCCUCGCAGCUCCUCGAGCCAACCCCCAAUCUGGAAUAUUGGAACUAUCUCGAUGCCCCCAAUGCCUUCGUCGCCAUUGGCACCGCGGACGAUCCGGUCGAUCGCAUGCUGGAAGUCUUGCGAUUCUGGUUUACCAAGGACUUGAAGUACGUCAAGGGCAAGCCCUGUAAGCCGUAUAAUUCGUGCCUGGGCGAGUUCUUUAGGUGUAACUGGGAGACGGAAGACGAUGCGCCUCUGAUCGAUACGCGGGCGCUCCGGGGGAAUGGCAAUGUGCCGAGCAGUAGCAGCUCCAGCGCGAGGUCUGUUGAGGUUACGGUCCCCAAUACGGGCCUGGGCUCAACUAACUCCGGUUCCUCCUCCAGCGUGUCCAUCUCGCAGACACCUCCUAACCCGAAGAAGCCAGUGCGCAUUUCGUACUUGACGGAGCAGACAUCGCAUCAUCCGCCGGUCAGUGCCUUUUACAUCGACUGCCCUGAGAAAGGCCUGCAUGCGAAGGGUUUCGAUCAGAUCUCGGCCAAGUUUACUGGUACCUCUAUCAAGGUCAUGCCAGGUGAGCACAACCUGGGCAUCUUCAUCACAGUCGAGCGUCGCAACCAUGAGACGUAUCAGCUGAAGCAUCCUCCGGCGCAUCUUGGUGGUAUCCUCAGGGGUUCUUUGGGUGUCACGGUUAGCGACAUGGCCUAUAUCACUUGCCCGGAGACCAAGCUGAAGGCGAUCCUGUACUACUACGAUGAGGGCUGGCUCGGACGAAGCACCAACAAGGUGGAAGGCAUCAUCUUCCGCUACGACCCUGAGAACGACGACAAGGAGAAGAUCAGCGAUGUGCCCGAGGAGGAUAUCCUGGUCCGGCUUGGCGGUGCUUGGAAGGAGAAGAUUGUCUUCACCCUUGGCCCUAAGCCCAUUUCCGACCACCCCCCAGAAGAACAAAUUACUAUUGUCGACCUUGGCCCCCUGGCCGUCGCCCAAAAGACCCUGCCGCCGGCCGAUCAGAUGCUGCCCAACGAGUCGCUACGUCUUUGGGGCGAGGUGACGAAGGCCAUCCUAGCGAAACAGUAUUCGAAGGCGACCGCUCUCAAGCAAGAGCUGGAGGAGCAGCAGAGGGAAAAGGCUCGUGAGCGUGAUCGCAAGGGUGAGGUCUGGAAGCCCGUCUUUUUCGAACAGGCUACUCACCCGGCGGGCAAGCCGACACUUACCGAGAAAGGCAGGGAAGUGUUGAGGCGGGCCCAGAGGGGGGAGUGGAGUCUGGAGGGGCCUCAGGCUCUCUCAGCUCACCAGCCUACCGACGCCGGGACACCGAGACAAACCCUCGCACAGGACAGGCAACCUUGCACGACCGGCCGCACCGGCGUCCUCCAUCAUCGUCAGCAUUCUCACCAUCGCUUGAUUGACAUCGCUGCGGACCGCGGACCGUCUGAAACGAGCGAGACGAUCCAAGACCCACUCACCGCCUUCCGUUACGGUCCUCCGGCUGCACAGCCCAUCUUCAACACCGAGGACCACGGCAGCGUGCACGCUCGAAACAGAACCCGAACGACUCUAGCUUAG